AUGGACGCAAACCCCGUUCUCGUUUCUCACCCAGCAGUGGGCAUAGUGCGACUCACCCUUAAUCGCCCCAAAGCCCUAAACGCAAUUAGCGUUGACUUGCUAGACGGGCUCACCGCAUCUCUGAGGGAACAUGGAAGCGCUCGCGUCAUCAUACUCGAAGGUGCGGGAGACCGUUCGUUCUGUGCCGGGGAGGACCUGAAACAGACACUCGCUCCGAAAACAGGCUCGGCCGAAGAGCUGCGCGAAGCAUUCCAAAAGCUGCAGGAUAUCACACGGCUGACAUCAUCUGCUUCGGCUAUUGUAGUAGCAGCAGUACAAGGAUACGCCAUCGGUGGUGGUGCCGAGAUCGCGCUGGCAGCCGACUUUGUUAUUGGCGGUCCUAAUGCUCAGUUCAAGUUUCCAGAGGCAACUAUCGGCCAUGCAGUCACCGGCGGCAUCUCCUUGCGGCUUGUUCCUAUGGUAGGGCUUCUCAAGGCGAAACAACUCCUUAUGUUGGGUAAUUUUACUGGCGCCGAAGAAGCCCUGAGUAUUGGUCUUCUUACAGAAAUUGCAGAAGAUCCUAAGCAACGAGCUCUAGAGCUGGCGCUGGAGUUAGCAACGAGGCCUGGAAUUGCGGCAACAAAUUCCAAAACCUCGCUAGAAAGAGCGGUUUUUCCAAAUAUGGAAAAUGUACUUCAUGAUGAAGUCAAUGUUGCUAGCUACUGCUUUGCACAGAGUGCCGCUGCUGACGCCUUCAGUAAUUUUGCUAGCAGGAAAGUAACUCUGACCAAGACAAAUGGAGCGCAUGAAGCUAUCAAGUCUGGCGGAUUCUCCCGCAAUGCUACCGAGGAGAUUGUCGCCAAGCUUCGGGCUGUCAAAGACAUCAACACUGCGUUCAAAAACGCCCUUGAUACCAUGCCCGAUCGAACUUUUCUCCGCUUUGGAGGCCACGAUUUAUCUUUUAAGGAGUUCGAUGUAUCCGUUUCAGCGUUAGCAGGAGGCCUGCGAGAGCGAGGAGUUGGUCCGGGAGAUCGAGUCCUCGUCAUGAUGAGGAACAGCGUAGAGAUGGUUCACACGUGGAUAGCAACAAACCGGCUUGGAGCCACCUGGGUGCCUGUGAAUGUGGAACUCAAGUCCGUCACACUUCAACAUGUUGUACAAGCUGCAGAUCCAAAGCUCGCCAUCGUUGACGCUGAAUUUUUCCAAGAUAUCCAAUUAACCAACGUCCUUAAGCAGGAGGACAUCUAUGUCCAAGGAGGAACCGACCCUCAUAGUCUUACAGAUCUCUAUGACUUCGACAAGGCCAUUUCGGAGGCCGUUGAAGUGGCACCAUCUACCACGUCCGCUUUCCUGUACACAAGCGGAACAACAGGCCGCUCCAAGCCAUGCGUAUUGUCUCAUAGCUAUUUUAUCCAUCAAGCCUCGCUUCUCAUAGAGAGCUUUGGAAUCCACGGAGAGGACGUGCUGUAUUGUCCUUUUCCAUUAUUUCACGCAGACGCAACCGCGCUCACAGUCAUACCUGCCAUCCUCCUAGGUGCAGUAGCAGCACUCUCGACACGCUUCAGUGCGAGCCGAUUCUGGGAUGAGAUCAGGGCAACAAGGGCUACUGUGUACGAUUUCAUGGGCGCCACUCUGGCGUUGACAUACAAGCAGCCGGCGAGUCCCAAAGACUUGGAUCACAGCGUUCGACUUGCCUGGGGAGUGCCAAUUCCAUCUUUUGCUGAAGAUUACGAGCGUCGCUUCGGUCAUCCUCUUUAUACUCUUUAUGGCAGUGUUGAAGCUAGUUUACCCAUAACUCAAAGGGGCGCUCGUGUACCAGGAUCGUGCGGAACCAUUAACAAGGGGUUUCAGAUCAGAAUCGCAGACGAAAAUGAUGAGCCGGUACUGAAUGGCACGGCGGGCCAGCUGUUACUACGCAGUGACUAUCCUGGUGCAUUUUUUGAUGGCUAUUUCAAUAACCACGCUGCAAAUGAGGCUGCCUUUAAGAAUCUUUGGCUUCACUCUGGCGACUUGGCCUCGAUUGACGAUGAUGGUAAUGUAUAUUUUGUCGGCCGCUUAAAGGAUGUCAUUCGCAGACGUGGAGAGAACAUCAACGCGGCGGACCUCGAAGAGGAAUUCCUGCGACACCCAGCAGUAAAAACCGCGGCUGCGUUUGCAAUUCCCAGUACUUUAGGCUCCGGUACCGAAGACGAUGUGAAAGUUGCCAUCCAGUUGUGUGAAGGUGCUGAAGUUGAUGAGACUGCUUUGUGGGCAUGGUCGACUGAGAAUAUGGCACGCUUCCAAGUCCCAAGUGUCAUCGAGAUUGUGCAGGAGAUCAAGAAGACGCCGACUGGAAAACUGGACAAGUCGACCCUCAGUCCGGAAGGUGGUCAGCGUUUUGAUAUUCGGAGUAUCCGUGGCUAG